GAUCUUAAAUUAGAGCCCUUUUCCUUUAGUUUAGGGCAAACAUGGCAACAUCAAGCUUGGCGCUGUCCCCUGCAAAAUGCGUCCCCUCCAGCUUCCCUCCCAGAAUUUCCUUGAGGAGCUCCUCAUCACCAGGAGGACGGCUCCUAGGAAAAUUGCCAGCUCUCGAAAAACUCUCGCACAGCAAGAGAGGGGGAAAAUGCCGAGCUCAAGUGGUGAUGAUGCCGCUUGGAGUACCCAAAGUUCCUUACAGGGCGUCCAGCGAGGGAAGCUGGCAAUACGUUGAUAUCUGGAACGUCCUGUAUCAAGAGAGGAUAGUUUUCAUUGGGCAGCACAUAGACGACGACUUGGCGAAUCGGGUGGUGGCCACCAUGCUUUACCUUGACAGUGUCGAUUCGUCCAAGCACCUCCACUUCUACAUCAGUUGCCCGGGGGGGAGUUUAACUCCCUCCAUGGCGAUCUAUGACACCAUGGGAAGUGUGAGGAGUGGGAUAGCAACUCUGGCUCUAGGUGCUGCCUAUGAUAUUGCUGGUUUUCUCCUCGCAGCCGGAGAAAAGGGAAUGCGAAUGGCAAUGCCACUGGCGAGAAUCGCAUUACAGCCACCGGAGGGAGCAACUCGAGGCCAGGCAGAUGAUAUCCAAACCGAGGUGAACGAGCUUGGACGACUGCGAGACUGCCUCUACGAGCAGCUCGCCAUCAACACUGGCCAGCCAGUUGACAAGAUCCACAAGGACUUGGACAGGAUGAAGAUUUUCAGCGCUCAAGAGGCUCUAGACUACGGCCUUAUUGACAAGAUCGUGCGACCACCAAAGUACGCGUCUUCCAGCUUGAGCAUUGGCGGAGUUGGCCCUUACAACGCAUCCUUCUAAAAAAGUUUGGGACGAAAGAAUGUUAAAACCUCGUUCGUCGUAUUCAUAUACUUCAAUAGCUAACAAAUUAUUCCCGCUCCAAAAAA